CCAUACAACCUGAAACCCAGUGAUCCCAGCGGAUUCCUUCAUUUUAAUACUCAAAGGUCCCAGCACACUGAGCAGCUGCCUCCAUGGACAUAGUUUUAUGAACUGCAGCCUGCCAAUAGGAUUCAGGCCGAGUUGUCUCGGGGGGGGAGUGGAGGUAGAGUUGAUCAACACCUCAGAGGUAGGUUUCAGCGUGUUCAGGCAAGACACACUUCCUCACUUCGCAUUUUCUUCAUCCUUAUUCUGUAAGGAGACCUCAGAACAGCUCUUAUUGCUACAAGUACCUGACAUUUGCUAAAUGAGUAUGCAGGAGAGGGCCAACUGCGAUUCACAAGAGAAAUCAUUUGGAGAGAUCAGCGAUCAACAUUUGCAGCAGCCUCAAGAUGAGAGGAAAGCAGUGCAGAAGAGAACCUUCACCAGGUGGCUGAAUUUGUUUCUGCAGAGAUGUGAUCCUCCAGUUGAAGUGCACGACCUGUUCACAGACAUUCAGGAUGGCAGAAUACUCAUGGCCUUGCUGGAGGAGCUGUCUGGGUGCAAACUACUUUACAGGUUUAGGUCAUCUUCUCACCGCAUUUUCAGACUGAACAACAUUUCCAAGGCCCUGGCUUUCCUUGAUGAUAGACAUGUGAAGCUGCUUGGCAUCGAUGCCUCUGGUAUUGCUGAUGGUAUCCCUUCUGUUGUUCUUAAUCUUGUCUGGAACAUCAUCCUGCACUUCCAGGUAAAGGAGGUGGCAAGAAGUCUCCAGAGGCAUUUGUCUUCUAGCCUAUCUUCUUUAUCAAUGAGCAGUUACUCCUCCUUCAGUGACCUCUCACCCCCACCAAACGACAUUGGCUGCUACUCCUGCAACACCCUGCCAAGCAAAGGCAGAAAGGCUGCCAGGAAGCCAAAGUACCAUGGGAAAGCAAUCAAGACUCUCCUGCAGUGGGUCCAAAGAUGCACAUCAAAGUUUGGGGUGGAGGUGUAUGACUUUGGGAAGAGCUGGAGAAGUGGCCUGGCAUUCCUAGCUGUGAUUAAGUAUGUAAACCCAGACUUGGUUGACCUGAGAGAGAGCUUGUCCAGAGAGCCAAGAGAAAACAUUAAGCAGGCCUUCAUGAUAGCCCAUCACAGUUUGGAUAUAACACCUCUACUGGAGCCUGAAGAUGUGGCACACUCUUCACCAGAUGAGCAGUCCAUCAUUACCUAUGUUUCUCUGUUCCUGGGGCAUUGUUCAGGCAUGGAUGAGGAUCAUACAACAAAUAUUGAAGUUCCUGAGAUCCCAAAUUUUGGAUCCCUUGAGUCAGUCGGCUUUGGAGAGAUCCUCACUGACGAAACAGAAGCUCAAGCUUUACUCAGAGGCUUAGAGAAGAGCAGCGAGCAGCUACUGUGGAAACGGUGGUCCAGAAGAUCCUCAGGGGGCACCCGUACUACCUCGCUUUACACAAAUGGAACAGUUGCAUCUGGCGAUUCCUCCAGCGAAAGUGACAUCAGUGCUGCCAUCUCACAAUUCAACAAAAAGAGAGGCAGGAGUAGGAGCAUUUUGCAGCCACCCAGUCCGCUGGAUGCAGGCGUAGUCAGCCAGGAGAUCCGAUCGUGGCUGGAGAAGGGCUUGGAUCAGGCCUACAGCAAGCCAAGAGUGGAUGAGAAUCACUUUUCUUUGAGCUCAGAGGAGGGAAUCUACAGCUUGUCAACGCUGGACUCAGAUGAGGAGGAUGCCUACAGCUACAUCCUGGAUCUGAACAAAGAGGUUUUUCAACCAUAUAAUCAGCUGAAAAGACAAGUACUCAGCGUCAAAGAAGAAACAGCUGAAGAAAUGAAUGAAGAGUCAAAGAAUCCCGAAAUGUGUGAGAUAUUAAAUGGAAGUGGUGGAUGUAAACUUCAGGAAGGCUCCGUUGUGCAAAAUGCAGAUUUUGAUCUAGAAUCUGAAGUCGGGUCUCAGUCAGUGGUUCACAGGAGGUUUGAUUUGGACCAAAAUGAAAGUAGUUUCAGAGAUAUGACACACAAUAGACCUGUGUUUGACACAGUACCAGAGGAUGAAAGCAGUAGAAAAGAGGAGGAGGAGAGAGUUAGAAACCAGAUUAAUGAUUAUGGUGAGGAAGAGAGUGAGACAGAGGAGGUAGAAAAUGUUAGAUUGGUGACACAUGGAUAUGAUAAAACAGAGGCUCUGGUAGAUGAAGCAGAGAAAGCAAAGAUUUUUGAAACGCCUAGUUGGCAGAACGACGUUGAGAAAGACACUGACAGAGGGCUUUCUGUAAGAUGUGUACAAGUGAGUGAGGAGAGAGUAAUCGACAAAGAGGAAGAGGAAAAUUUGACAGCAUUUGAGGAAGGGCAGGAUAGACAGUUAGGGAAGGGAGUAGGGGAAGAGGAUAAUAUCAAGAGGGAAGAAGGUUCAGGGGUAGGAGUAAAUGAAAAAAUAUUCAUUGAUGAAGUCCAAGGUGUUGGUGCAGCUGGAGGUCACUCAGAAGAAGGAAAUGACAGGAAACACAUUGUUCCCAGAAUGGAAGAUUUAACAAAGAACUGCAAAGAUGAAGACACGGAGGAAUACACAGGUGCAGUCGCAAAUUCAAAGGAUUUUGUGGCAGUGGAUGAGAAAGACGGGGGACUGAAGAUUAAGAAACGUAAACUAACUGCCAAGAAGGUAACAACAAUAGACCAUCUGGGUGAAACUACCCCAAAAAAUGACACUGAUAGAGUUGUUAACAUUCGUGCCGGCGAAGACAGUUGGACUUCUGCCUGCAGUGCAACCUCUCAGUCAUUCAGCAGUGAGGAAGGAUUCAUUCAGUCUUUAGCAGCCUCUUGUGACAUAACCCCAUUAGAGCUGGAAAUGCUGUUGGCCCUGUGGAUCCUGUUCUACUGCUGCCUCAUCCUACCUCAAAUGAACCUCUGAGCCCCCCUGCAGUAAACCCUUCU